AUGCUCCUUAGGAGACGUACCAAUAUUACUACCGUCAUCAUGAAGAAAAUAUUCCGCACCGCCAAAAGGCAUGAUAUCUGCCGCAUCCAAAGAAGUUCACAAAAGCCAAGCGAACUCCUGAAUCUGGGGAUCCGUUGGGAUUUCGAUGGUGAGGUGACCAUCAAUGGGGUCGUAUACAAUAAAUUUCAAGUCCAACCGAAUGCUAGAAAGGUCCCUGCACCGGUUAGUGAGUGGCGAAGGAAAAAUGGUGGUACACAUGCAGUGAUGGGUUCUAUGUUCGUCAAGAAAGAUGGCUCGGUAGACGAUGUGGAAAGUGCUUGGGACGGGUUUACCGAAGACUUUUCCAAAAGAGAGUAG